AUGGAACAGCACCCUCGAUCCCGUGGUGCAGGAGGACAAGAGAUGUUGAUGCGAAGAUUCAAUACGCUGCCCAAUCAGUUUGAUCAAUUUCGUUCGGAAAUGGACCGCCUGCUGGGCGGAAUUACAGGUCAAGUUCCGCAGCUCAAUGCGGCCCCGUGGAACACGCCCCGUCCGUUCCCGCCGCUCAACAUGUGGGAAGACGCCGAAGCGGUUUACGCCGAAGCCGAGCUACCAGGCGUGGAUGCCGAGUCGAUCGAUAUCUCGGUCUUCGGCAACGAGCUGAGCCUGGCCGGUGAGCGGAAGUCGCCAAAAGAAGAGGGCGUUUCCUACCAUCGGCAAGAACGAGCGAUCGGCUCUUUCCGCCGCACAGUGCGGUUGCCUGUUGAUGUGGAUGCCGAUGCGGUGAACGCCACCAUGCGAGACGGCGUUCUCACCAUCCGUCUGCCCAAGCACGUUCCCGAAAACGAAGCGAACGGUACCGAGCGAACCCGUAGUGGUCGGGCGUAUCGACCCCAUGUCGACAUUCUCGAUCGAGAAGGCGAUCUGUACCUGUUGGCCGAUCUGCCAGGGCUGAACAUCGAUGAUAUCGAAGUCGAUUUCGAGAACGGUGAGUUGAGCAUUCACGGCCGCACUCCACAGCGUCAAUCGGAAGACACGGUCUUCCUGUCGCAAGAGUACGGCGUGGGUGACUUCUAUCGUUCGUUUCGUGUGAGCGAAGACAUCGACGCUUCGAAGAUCACCGCUCAAUACCAAAACGGUGUUCUGGAGUUGCGUCUGCCUAAAGCCGCAUCGGCCACGCCGCGACGAAUCAAAGUUCAGGGUUCAUAA